AUGAACCCAAAAGUUCUUCAUCAGUUGUGCAGAAAAGGCCAAACAUCCUCAUCGAUAUUUAUUGCUGGUUCUUAUAGACAAUGUUGUUAUGUUAGUGCUUGUUAUCAGCAAACUAGAUUUAUUUCAAGAAAUGACCCAGUCAAAAUAAUAAAAAAAAUCAUUCAAAAUAUUGUUUGU